UUCAUGACCAUAGAAGAACUAAUGUUUCCUUUUAAAGUUUUUGUGUAGAUUUUUUACUUUGAAGAAAAGACUCAAGCACAGGUAAAAAUCAGACCACGCUGUGUUGCCCGGUCAUACGUUUCCUAUUGUUUGAUCAUGAGCCGGUUUCAACAACUACUUUACAUGGCAUUCCUUUAUUUCCAAUAUGUACAACCCUAUCUACAAAAAGAUAAUGCCAUCCAGUUUAUUGCCUUUGGAGAUGGGGGAGGCCUCCCUCAUCCACCAUAUGUGACUGACAUCCAGAGAGCCACAGCACAAGAGAUGGCGAGAGUUGCCCAGAAAUUUGGAGUAGAUUUUGUGCUUAAUGUCGGAGAUAACUUCUACUUCCACGGUGUGACAAGUGUAAAUGACUGCAGAUUUAAGGAAACAUUUGAGAACGUUUUUAAAGCCCCCUCCCUUGUUGAUAUACCAUGGUACAUUCUGGCAGGGAACCAUGACCAUUUGGGUAAUGUGUCAGCACAGAUUGCUUAUUCAGGAAUUUCUAAGAGAUGGAAUUUCCCACAUCUCUACUAUGAGUUGGCUUUCAGGAUCCCUAAUACCAAUGCUUCUGUCACCAUUUUGAUGAUUGACACCGUUGUGAUCUGUGGGAACACAUAUGAAAAGAACCAGCCAAUAGGACCAGAAGAUCCUCAUUUAGCCCAGGAGCAACUUCAGUGGAUCCAGAAAAAGCUGGCAAGUUCCAGGGCAGACUACCUGAUAGUUGCUGGUCACUACCCUGUAUGGUCCAUUGGGCAUCACGGUCCAACUCUUUGUCUCGUGGAUCAGCUGAGGCCACUUCUAAAAACAUACAACGUGACGGCCUACAUCAGCGGUCAUGAUCACAGCCUGCAGUUUAUCCGCGAGGAUGAUGGGCUGGCAUACAUCAUUAGCGGAAGUGGGAGCAUCGUUGACAAGUCCACGGCACACAAGAAGGACAUUCCAGAAAGCUGGCUGCGGUUCUACAAUGCUGAGAUCAGUGCUUUGGGUGGAUUCACACUGAUCCAGAUCAUUCCAGAGCAAAUGCUUAUAUCAUACAGGCAACCAUAUGACACGGUAGUUUUCCAAACCGUAUUACCGAGGCGUAAAUUUUACAUCAAAUAA